CGUCGUGGUGUGUACGUCGGAACUGUAUCUGCCUAUUUAUUAAUCAGUCAGAAAAUUCGUAUGAGGCAUUACAGAGUGAAUACGAUGUGAUAGCUGUGUUCUACAACGUCCUAGUGGGUGUUCAGGAAACUACGUAAAUGCAACCAUGUAAACAUAGCGAAUGUAACAUGACGUACACUUCAUUUUCAUGUAUAUUUAAAAAAAAAUUGUUUUGUUUUUCUAUGAUUACGAUGUAGAGAAAGCUUAUGAAUAUCUGUUUAUUAUAAUAUUUGUUGACAAACCAAAAAACAAAAUAUGGUGACACUUUAAAAAGGCUGUCCAGUGUCGUUGUUGUGAGGAGUCAUCAGGAACAUGACACGGAAUUCAGAGCAAGAGAGGCAGGGCGUCAAUAUGGAAUCCCCCUUGAGAACUAUGUCUACAGUGGGGUCAGCCAGUAUAGGAAAAGUGACUGGUGUCCUGACGCUGUUGAUUCUCCCAGUCACAAGCUUCUUCGUCUAUAACGAUAAACCCGAAACCCCUCAGCGAAUGUGGGACCCUGAAAAAGGCGUCCAGUCAUUUCUUGGUCUUGGAAUGAUGGCCUCGAACUUCGGAAACAUGACGGUGUUGAAUCAGACUGGCCAACUGGGUUCCACUACCUACCUCCACUGCCAUGUUCGCAAUUUGGCCAACAAACAGGUUUCGUGGAUCAGGCGACGUGACUAUCACAUCCUCACCUCAGGCCUGCACACCUACAGUUUGGACGAGCGCUUCAGUAUUGUCCGCUCAGAGGAUGGUGUCGACUGGGCCCUGCAGAUCAGGUUCCUACAAAAGCAUGACGAGGGGACCUAUGAAUGCCAGGUGUCGACGCCAACGGGGCGUUACGGGUACCUUCUGCACCUGUAUGUGGUGGUGCCAGAGGCUGUCAUCAAGGGGCCGGCAGAGCUACACCUGCAGCAUGGAUCCACAUUCUCUCUUGUCUGUAACAUUCAAGGCGGCUUGACACCACCCCAGUUCAUCUUCUGGUUCCACAACAACAAGAUGAUCAACUACGACCAGUCCCGUGGAGGCGUCACUGUUGCCAUGAUCUCAAGGAACCCUGCCGUCUCCAGGAUCACCAUAAGAGAUGCCACCUUUACUGACACUGGGAACUACACCUGCACCGGUAACAACAUCACUCCCGCUUCCAUCAUCGUGUUUGUUUCUGAAGGUCACUUCAAGACAGCAGCUAUUCAGCGUCUGGAGUCAAGCGCGAUCACCGUGAUACAACUGAACAGCAUAAGCAUCCUAUCUCGGCUGUUUGCUGUGAUGCUGGUUUGUUUGGUGAACGUAUUUUAUAAGGGAACUUGAUUCAUGCUGGGUGAUACCUUAUUUGCCCUGAAAUUCUCCUCACCACUCUAUCAGUACAGGAGAGAAUUCUGGCUCAAAUAGUGUUAAUUGAUGUUUCCGUGUCAAGACUGUAUUACUGUUUUAAUAUUAGUUUUACGUAAAUGUUAUAGUAAGCAUUUUUGGAAUGUGCAUAAAUUUCUGCUAACAGAACAUGAUGGUUUAUCAAAUGAUACAAAAUGCUUGGUGUUUCAACUAACAUAUUGAUGACCUGUAGUUUUCUGCGUUCACUAGGGAAAGACUUUUUUUUCUCUCUCCGCUGUACGACAUUGAUUUCCGUAAUAAUGUAACUGGAGACCAAGGACCAAUAGAUACUCUCAACGCACAAUUAUUUCCCCAUUUAAUAUGUACAAUAACUUGGAAGACGUUACACUAUACAUUAUUAUGAAAAGAAUACUGGAAUGAAUUACGAUAAAAGGGCAUUAUAACUACUGCCAUAAUAAUGUUGUAAUAUGACAUUUUAUAUUGCCUUUAUCUGUUGUAAUACCAUAAACACUAUUGUCUUUUCCCGUUGUUACACUUAAAAGCUAUUGACCGUAUCCAUUGUCAAACAGUUACAAUUGCCGUGGUUGUAUAGUAAUAUAUCAUUUUUUUAUUCACACAAUUCAUAGUAAUACCAUAACUACUAUCGUCCGUAUCAUACCAUAUUUACUAUUCUACCUAUCACUGUCCAAUCAAAAUUACUAUCGUCCGUAUCAUACCAUAUUUACUAUUCUACCUAUCACUGUCCUAUCAAAAUUACUAUCGUCCUUACUCAUAUCAUAUUUACUAAUCUACCUAUCAUUGUCACAUCAAAAUUAAUAUCGUCCUUACCCGUUGCAUACAAUAAUUAGUGUUCUGAGAAGCAUUGAGGGGUGACGUCAUGACAGCCGAAUAUGUGAGAUGGCUUGCAGACAUGUUCAGGAAUCUUGACAGUUAUUUGCCAUUAGGCCCACCUCAGUUUUUAUAAUCAACAUACACACAAGAUUAUCUUCCUCAACUCCAACUUCCUAUUUCCUAAACUACAGUCUUUCAUCCACUCUAAUCACACCUCAAGGAAUGGGAGAGGAGACCUGUCAUAUCAAUGGUGGGUUUCACUUAAAACCUGGUAGCAGCGGGGAUCAUGUUUCUUAAUGGUCCCUCCAAGCGAGAAAAAUGAGAAAAAAUCACCCCUCACACAAACCAUUUCAUAAUAUUUAUCAAAGCAUUUGUGAUCAGAUUAUGUAUCAUCUGUUUUGUAUUUUGGGGGGUUUAUAUCAUGGCACAAAUUUGGCCCAUCGCUGGUACACGGUAAAGCCACAAAUUUGGUCCGUCGCUGCUACACGGUAAAGCCACAAAUUUGGCUCGUCGCUGCUACACGGUAAAGCCACAAAUUUGGCCCGUCGCUGCUACACGGUAAAGCCACAAAUUUGGUCCGUCGCUGCUGCACGGUAAAGCCACAAAUUUGGUCCGUCGCUGCUACACGGUUAAUAAGAUUGAUGAGGAAGAUUUUCAUGUAUGUGUCCAAAAUAUAUAAAAAAAUGGUAAGUAAAUCGAAUUAUGGAAAUAAAGAUAUUGAACAAGAAAUUUGCAGAUCGAGUACUUUUUUUUUUCUCUCUCCCCACCUUUCUAUCCUUCCGCCCCCCUCACUCCUUUUUUUCAUUCUCAGUCUCAUCCUUUCGUCUCAUUUCAGGAGAGAGAGAGAGAGAGAGAGAGAGAGAGAGAGAGAGAGAGAGAGAGAGAGAGAGAGAGAGAGAGAGAGAGAGAGAGAGAGAGAGAGAGAGACAGACAGACAGACAGACAGACAGACAGACAGACAGACAGACAGACAGACAGACAGACAGACAGACAGACAGACAGACAGA